UUCAAAAACAGCAACUAUUGUCGUGGCGGGGCGCGCGCCGUGCAGGUCCCGCCUUCUGGUCUUGUGGGGACCGACGCGGAUGGAAGCUGGGUGCCCAUGGCCGUGGCAGCGAUGGCCGAGAGUGGCCGCCUACCGCACGCCGCGCCCGCGCCUAGCACCGAGGGGCUACCGCGAGCUUUUCUGCAGAGCCUGCGCACCCUCUUCGACAUCCUGGACGACCGGCAGCGCGGCUACGUGCACCUGCGCGAGAUCGAGUCCCGCUGGCAGGGUGCAGACGCCCGCGAGCUGCCCUGCGGCGUGCUCGAGGGCCUGCGCCAGGUGGCCCCCGCCAGUGGCUACCUGACCUUCGAGCGCUUCGUGGCGGGUUUGCGCACCUCGCUGCUGAACGCCAACGGGCGCCCGAGGGAUCAGGCACGCGUCGCUCCCCGAUCUGGGGACCAGCCUUUGCUGCAGCAGCGCCUGAUGUUCGAACCGGCCGACGAGCCGCGGACUGUUCUGGAGAAGAAGCCUCUGCCCCCGAGUGCGCGCCCCGCGCCUGCUGGCCCCAGUAGCACCUCCCGGAACCCUGAGCUACCGUGUGUCCCGGCGGAGGCGGCGCCCCCUCCCGAGGAGCCCAAGCGGCCCCCGAGUAAGGCUCUGGAGCGGAGCCCGAGCGCGGACGCGGAUCGUUCUCAGUGUGACACCCUGCAGAGACAACCCGGCCUGCUUCUCCACCCAGGCAGAGGAGGUGGCCCAGGAGCACCCAGCACAAGUGCUGAAGAAGGUGCAGCAGCCUGCAAGACCCUGGACAUAGGCAAAGGUGAAGCCCGGCAGACUCCACGGUCCCGAGGUGAACGCCGAAGGCAUACCAUCACCAACGGUGUGGACUGUGGCCUGUUGAAGCAGAUGAAGGAGUUAGAGCAGGAACAGGAGGUGCUGCUGCAGGGCUUGGAGAUGAUGGCUCGGGGCCGAGAAUGGUACCAGCAGCAGCUGCAGCGUGUGCGGGAGCGUCAGCGCCGCCUGAGCCAGAGCAGAGCUGGUGCUGACUUCGGGACUGCAGGGAGUCCCCUCCCUCUGGGGAGGUUGCUGCCCAAAGUACAGGAGGUGGCCCGAUGCCUGGGGGAGCUGUUGACUGCAGCCUGUUCUGGCAGAGCUCUGCCCUCGUCUUCUUUGGGGCCCCUGGGCCCCACCUCUCCCUCAACACCAGUCUGGCAGCAGCAGACCAUCCUCAUGCUGAAAGAACAGAACCGGCUUCUCACUCAGGAGGUGACGGAUAAGAGCGAGCGCAUCACUCAGCUGGAGCAGGAGAAGUCUGCACUCAUCAAGCAGCUGUUUGAGGCCCGGGCUCUCAGCCAGCAGGAUGCCGGGCCUCUGGACUCCACUUUCAUCUAGCUGCUAGGACCUCUCUAGGAUGUGCACACAGACUUAAGCCUCAGCUCCGUGGCACUGCUGUGAGCCUGUCUUCUGACUGGAGACAGCCGUCUGGCUUAGCCCUCAGAGCCCUUGAGGGGGCGCCUGCCUCCACUCUGGUAGUCUGGGCUGUCCUGAGGCUUGGCCCAGGCUGGCCUGACACGACACAGUGGGUGCUGUUCAUAGUGCUCUGUCGUGCCUGAAGCUGCUACUUCUGCUGUCAAUGGGUGACGGAGGAUCGUUCCUCCAGGUUUAUCUGAUUGUAGGCAGCCCUGGACAAAGGAGGGGGCUUGUUUACAGUUGUCCUGUCCCCUCUUGUAGGGCUCCCUGGGAUCCCUGGUAUUUAGUAAAAAGUACUGGUCACCCUGG